UAUGGUAAUAAGAAGCUUUGUCUAAAAGUCUUAAUGGUUGUGGGGGAAGAACAAAGGAGAUGGAGAAAGACGAGUUUGUGCUUCUUCUUGAACUGAAGAGUUAUAGCUGCUAUAGUAGCUGGAAGUGAAAGAAAUUAGAUUUUGUACGGAAGACAAAAUUAGGGUUUUUAUUUUAUUUUUACCAAUUUCAAAAGUUAGCAGUACCUUUUUGUAUCUUGAAUAUUCUCGACGAUGAAGCUGUCAACAUCUGGAUUGGUUCAACAAAGUCAUGAAGGAGAGAAAUGUCUGAACUCUGAGCUAUGGCAUGCUUGUGCUGGACCACUGGUAUCUCUUCCAUCAUCUGGAAGCCGCGUUGUCUACUUUCCACAGGGUCACAGCGAACAGGUAGCUGCUACAACUAAUAAGGAAGUUGAUGGUCACAUACCCAAUUACCCAAGCCUACCACCACAAUUGAUUUGCCAGCUCCAUAACGUUACAAUGCAUGCAGAUGUGGAGACGGAUGAAGUCUAUGCUCAAAUGACACUUCAACCAUUGACACCGGAGGAGCAGAAGGAAACAUUUGUACCGAUAGAGUUGGGGAUACCGAGCAAGCAACCUAGCAAUUACUUCUGUAAGACUCUUACAGCUAGUGAUACUAGUACUCAUGGAGGGUUUUCUGUUCCUAGACGCGCUGCUGAGAAAGUUUUUCCUCCACUGGAUUACUCACUGCAGCCACCAGCGCAAGAACUGCUCGCAAGAGAUCUCCAUGAUGUUGAAUGGAAAUUUAGGCACAUCUUUCGUGGACAACCCAAACGGCAUCUCCUAACUACUGGGUGGAGUGUAUUUGUUAGUGCUAAGCGACUAGUAGCUGGAGAUUCUGUCAUUUUCAUCAGGAAUGAAAAGAAUCAACUCUUUUUGGGGAUUCGUAGAGCGACUCGUCCACAGACGAUUGUACCAUCAUCUGUUUUAUCUAGUGAUAGCAUGCAUAUUGGACUCCUGGCUGCUGCUGCACAUGCUUCUGCAACCAACAGUUGUUUUACUGUUUUCUUUCAUCCAAGGGCUAGCCAAUCUGAGUUUGUGAUACAACUUUCCAAGUACAUCAAAGCCGUUUUUCACACCCGUAUCUCAGUUGGGAUGCGCUUCCGCAUGCUCUUCGAGACCGAAGAGUCCAGUGUCCGCAGGUACAUGGGUACUAUAACUGGUAUCAGUGAUCUGGAUUCUGUUCGUUGGCCCAACUCUCAUUGGCGAUCUGUGAAGGUUGGUUGGGAUGAAUCGACCGCAGGGGAGAGACAGCCAAGGGUUUCUCUAUGGGAGAUUGAGCCUCUUACUACCUUCCCCAUGUAUCCUUCUCUGUUUCCUCUCAGGCUCAAACGUCCUUGGCAUGCUGGCACUUCAUCCUUACAUGGUAUCCAUCCACCAUUUGUCUCUUCUCCUAAACUUUUAGUAGCUAUUAACUUGAAAUCACUAUUGGUGUUUACAGAUGGAAGGGGUGAAUUAGGAAGUGGGCUACCAUGGCUGAGGGGAGGUGGUGGAGGAGAGCAGCAAGGUUUACUUCCUCUAAAUUAUCCAUCUGUUGGUUUGUUUCCAUGGAUGCAACAAAGGCUGGAUCUCGCUCAACUCGGGACUGAUAAUAAUCAGCAAUACCAAGCAAUGCUGGCCGCUGGAUUACAGAACAUGGGCGGUGGAGAUCCUCUCAGACAACAGUUUGUCCAGUUGCAAGAGCCUCCUCCUCACCACCAGUAUCUUCAACAAUCAGCUUCCCACAAUUCUGAUUUGAUGCUUCAACAGCAGCAGCAGCAACAGCAUCUGAUGCAUGCUCAAACUCAGAUUAUGAGUGAGAAUCUUCCUCAGCGACAAGAAGUUAGUAAGCAGCAACCAGGUGGUGGUGGUGGGCAGCAAUCGGUGGACCAAAAUGCAUAUCUUAAUGCUCUUAAAAUGCAAAACGGUCAACUUCAACAGUGGCAGCAGCACUCGGAUAUGCCUUCUCCUUCUUUCAUGAAAGCAGAUUUUACUGACAAAUUCCCAACAACAGCUACUCCGAUGCAACAAAACUCUGCCUCUCCUGGGUCUGGACAUGGCAGCAAUCUUUUGAACUUCUCUAUAACCGGUCAGUCUGUACUGCCUGAGCAGUUAAUGGGAGAGGGCUGGUCACCAAAAGCAUCCAACACUUUUUCUGAACCGUUGUCACUUCCACCACAAGCGUACGCUGGGAAAAGCCUUGCUCUAGAACCUGCAAGUGCCAACGUGAAUCCUUCUGUAUUCGGUGUUGAUCCUGGCUCUGGACUAUUCCUCCCAAGCACGGUUCCUCGUUUUGCUUCUUCUUCAUCAGGAGGAGAUGCGGAAGCUUACCCAAUGUCACUAGGGGAUUCAGGGUUUGAGAAUUCCUUAUACAACAGCUGCAUGCAAGACACAACUCAUGAGUUGUUGCAUGGAGUUGGACAGAUUAGCCCCUCCAACCAAACCAAGAACUUUGUAAAGGUUUAUAAAUCAGGUUCGGUAGGGCGAUCACUAGACAUCUCCCGAUUCAGCAGCUAUCAUGAGCUGCGAGAAGAGUUAGGGAAGAUGUUUGCUAUCGAAGGGUUGUUGGAAGACCCCCUUAGAUCAGGCUGGCAGCUUGUAUUCGUUGACAAGGAAAAUGAUAUUCUUCUCCUUGGCGAUGACCCCUGGGAGUCAUUUGUGAGUAACGUUUGGUACAUAAAGAUACUAUCGCCGGAAGAUGUGCAGGAAAUGGGGGAUCAUGGUGAAGGCAGUGGCGGGUCUCUCCCGCAAAACCCGACCCAGCUCUAAAACCUGCGACGUUUGAAGUCGCUUCAUUCCACUGAUCUUUAUAUGUUGUCAUUCGUCGCAUCUCUCUCUCUCUCCUUUUGACGUUGGUAGAAAGAAACAUAAUCAAUCAUAUCUGUGAGUAUGGGUCCUGAAACUUGAGGGCGUACUUUGUCUUGGCUUUGUAUUAGACACUCUGGUCACAAACAUAAGAACCUUUCUAGGCUCUCUACUUUUCUAGUAUCAUUGGUUCUAUUUGGGACGUUGAAGAUUCCUCUCCUAUUUUAGUUCUGGAAAACAUUUUUAGACA